CCACUGAUAAACUAACCUAAUAUGUUCCUUUGUCCUCGAUAGUGAAGCUUGAAUCGAAUUAACAACAAUGGCCGUUGUGGUUGGCUGUCAGUGGAAAACUUUCGUAGAUUAUGUAUCGAAUGACAGUUUUUUGCCGAUUCAAAAUUUCUGUUGGUAUUUCUCAUUGAUCAAUUUGUAAAUAGAUCAAGCCAAUAGGAUCGGUGACAGAUGAUGAUUUUCUAAUAAACGCAAAUUUCGCGGUAUCGACUGGUGAUCAUCAAUGACCAGCUGACAAUGUUUUUCAAUUAGCAUAAUUCAGUGAGAUCAUCUGGUACUCGUGGUAAUUCGAAGAUGUUUAAAGCAGAAGAAUCCUCACGAGGCAGCUUCCUUCAGCAAACAAAAGCCGCGAGAGAAGAAAGAGCUCAUGAGAAAGAUAGGGAAGCUGCUGUCACUGUUAUUCAAGCGUAUGUUAGAGGAUGGUUGGCUCGUAUCAGAUUUACCAAAAAGAUUCUAGAGGAAUUCGAUAUCAAUUUUCCUGAUGAUUGUACAAAGCUGGAUGCAAACAUAGAGUUGCAGCUUGCGUUGCAUAUAUACAGGGUUACUUCUAGAUUUUUGAUUAUUUAUAAGAGGGAAAGGGAUCAAGAAAGAAUAGAAAAAUUGUGUAGAUACCUUGUGCAAACUCUUCAAUCAGAGUCUCCAAAGUUCUCAUAUGUAGGUGUGGCUCUUAACAAGGAUCACUACAUAUCAUGGAUAUUGCAAAUGAAAACAAUUUUAAAUCAUUGUCUCAUUGGCUUGGACAGCCUUAAACCUGAAAUAAGUUCUGACCAUACGUCCAUCCUAUUGAGAUUAUACACAUUAGUUAGUUUUACGUCACCAGCAUCAUGGGCUAUAUUAAAGGUAGAGGGUAUGGAAAAACUUAGAACUGGUAUGAGCCAGUUAUGUGCAAACAUAAUGGGGCACCUUGUCAAUAAUGGCUUUUAUGCUAUUAUGCAGACAUUAUUAGUAAAAGGAUUAGGUAGAGCAGAAGUUUCAUCAAUAUCAGUUGCGCUCUCUGCAGCUGUGACGUUAACUUUAAGACCAUUGAUAUCCUCUCAAAUGUCAGAUAAACUAGUAUCGUUAUUUUUAAUUAAUAUUUUUAGUGUCCCUGCUUUGGUUUAUCACUUGAACAUGUUAUGUCCAGAGUGCAUUUCAUCCUUUAUUAUGCACAAUUUAUUUGCAAGAAGUUUGGAAUUAUUAAAUUCAGAACAAAAUUUGAGGAUAGUUUUUAAUGCACUGGAGGGUAGUUAUGCACUUUGUUUAUUGUCAAAUUUGAUACAGUUAGCCAAUAUUGAAAGAGAAGAAGUUCUGAGGGACUCAUAUUUUCCUUCUUUCACGUUCGUUGUCACAAAAAUGCUGGAAGCUUGUCAACAGUAUGUAGUGGCCAAACAAAGUAACAUAACUCAUUGGCAUCCAAUUCUUGGUUGGUUUGCACAAUCAGUGGAUACUCCUUUACAAGAAGCUAUUCCCUAUGUGACAUCACAAUUAGCUUGCCUAUGGACUGGUAGAAUUGUUUUACAAUUAAUUGGUCAACCGUUAACCGAACUAGUUGGUAAGGAAUCACCACCACAAUUGGAACAACAAAGCACCUCUAUAAGUACUAAUAUUUUUCGUCGAGCAUUUUUGGAAGCACGCACAAAUAGAAAUAAUAGCAAUAAAAAUUAUAGAAAGUUAGGAAGUCCUGAAUGUACCAAGAUUGCCCUAAUCUGUUCCAUGUACCAAACUGCUCUUCAUACUCUCACUCAAAUGAAACAAGAUAUAUUAACAGGGCUUUGUUAUCAAGAUAAAAUCUUGUAUCAUAUGUGGUUGUUUUUGGGAACAUUAGGGCCACACUGUGGUUUGAAAGCGUUUUUAGAUCAUUUGGCAGCAAAUACAAAAUGUACAGCACCAGAAUUUCAAAUGUUAAUAUUAUUUUGUGAUUGUAUGACUCACUAUGUCACUAUAUUAGACGACAUGGAGAUGUACGAGCAGCAAGAUCCCUUUAAAUUAUCGGACUUUAUAACAAUGUCAUUUUUUUUAAAUCAAUUUUUGUACAAAGCUGUUCUUAACAAUCUAUUCGUUUUAGAUGUUACAGAUGUGAAAACAGUGUCUAACAAUCCGUUGUUUACAUCACUACAUACACUUUUAAUGGCGAUUUAUCGUCGGGAUUGUAGAAGGCCUUUUUGUCCGGAAGGACAUUGGUUGGCGAAGGAAGUACGUGUAUCUGGUUUCCUAGCUGAUUUAGAGAAGAGAAGAGGUGGAGCAGCACUUUUGCUAUCAAAAAUGCCGCAUGUUAUACCGCAUUCUGAAAGGGUAGUAUUAUUUCGAAAACAUGUUGCCAAUGAGAAAGCUGUUAUGGGUUUAACUGAAAGUGCUUGUAACAGUCCACCGACUACGUUAAUAGUUGUUCACAGAACGCGUAUAGUAGAGGAUGGAUAUCGACAAUUGGCCAUGUUACCUCCUCAAGCAUUGAAAGGUGUAAUCAGAGUACGGUUCGUGAACGAACAAGGUUUAGCAGAAGCUGGAAUAGAUCAGGAUGGCGUAUUUAAAGAAUUUUUGGAAGAGACGAUAAAAAGAGUUUUCGAUCCGUCGUUGAAUUUGUUCAAAGCUACAAGCGAAAAUCGUCUUUAUCCAUCUCCAACGUCCUCGAUGCAGGAUAAUCAUUUACAAUUAUUCGAAUUCGUUGGACGAAUGUUAGGCAAGGCGGUUUACGAGGGAAUCGUUGUAGAUGUCCCAUUUGCGUCAUUUUUUGUUUCUCAAUUUUCUGGACAAGCAGGAGGAACCUUAUAUAAUUGUUUGGACGAGCUCGCUUCGUUGGAUCGAGAUCUCUACCGUAGUCUAACUCUAGUGAAACAUUACAAAGGCGAUGUCAGACAAUUAGAAUUGACUUUUUCAUUAGACGAGGAUGUCAUGGGAAAAUUAGUAACUCAUGAAUUGAUACCUGGUGGAAGAGCCGAGGCUGUUACUAAUCAAAAUAAAAUUCGUUAUAUACAUCGAAUGGCACAUUUUAGAAUGCACACCCAAAUAAAGGAACAAACGGCAGCUUUUAUCAAAGGAUUUUGUUCUAUAAUCAAUCCCGAUUGGUUGUCAUUAUUUUCAACGCCAGAAUUGCAAAGAUUAAUAUCUGGUGAUAACGUUCCAUUGGAUCUACGCGAUCUACGUAGGCACACGCAAUACUACGGUGGUUUUCACGAUAGUCAUAGAGUAGUAUGUUGGUUGUGGGACAUUCUCGAGAAAGAUUUUACCGAGGAAGAAAGAGGCUUGUUUUUAAAGUUCGUCACAAGCUGUUCUAAAUCACCCUUGCUUGGGUUCGCACAUCUGGAACCAAAAUUUUCCAUACGUUGCGUUGAAGUCGGUGAUGACGAGGAUACAGGUGAUACAAUUGGCAGUGUGAUACGUGGAUUUUUUACGAUACGUAAAAAGGAUCCUCAAAUUCGAUUGCCUACCUCUUCGACGUGCUUCAACCUAUUGAAGCUACCGAAUUACCAGAAAAAAAAAUCAUUGGUGCCGAGUGAGAAAGAAGAUAUACAUUAUAUGAACAAUUUCGGAGAAUGAAGAUUUAAGAAUGAAAAAAAAAAAUAAUAUAAAAUAAAAAAAGAAGAAAAGAAGAAGAGAAGAAGAAAAAAAGAAAAACAAAAAAAAAAAGAAAUACGAUGGAUGCUCUAUUUUGAAGAGAGCUAUUUUCUCGACAAAUUUUUGUACAAAUUUUUGAAAAGAAUGUUGCGAAUUGUACAAAACGCGUUGUGUAGUUCCGCAGUGCUCGUCGAUGUCAUAAUCGUCGUCGUCAUCUUUAUUGUGGAUGAAAUCGGCAAUGUUUACACACUGAAUUUCCUAUAUAAGUUCUCUCUUUCUCUCUCUCUCUCUCUCUCUCUCUCUGUUUUCCUUGUAACGUAUACGAGGUUCAUGCAAUAUAAAUCAAUUUUUGGUGAGACCAUAAAAAAAGUACACAAUUCCAAUGUAUUUAGCAUUUCGAUGUUUUAAAUAAUGAAUCAAUGGGAGACUUGCGUGGGAAAUUUAGUAAGACCAAAGAUAAAAUAGAAAUCUAUUUAGCGCUUAGAAAUACGAGUUCUGCGCUUGCAUAUUUUCCUACAUAAUCAUAUAUACAUAUAUAUACACACACGUACAUACACAGCAUAUAUAUAUAUGUAUGUACAUAUAUAUAUAUAUAUACAUAUUUUAGCAGCAACAUUUUCGAUCUCUAUUCACAUUUUUUAACGCGUUAGAAAAGUACAAUUAAUAUCGCGAUCAUAAAGAUUUGUUUACUGUUUAUAUAUUGAAAACAUUGUUAUACUUUAUAUACAUAC